AUCAUUGAUUUUGCUAUUAUAAGAAAUGGGAAGCAAAUGGCGAAAAGCAAAGGUGGCUUUAGGUCUCAAUUUAUGUCUCUACGUUCCCAAAACGCUUGAAGAUUCUUCUUCUCCUCCAAGAAGAUCCGACGACACCGUUUCACUUUCUCCGGUUAUUGUUCAAAGACCAACAACGCCGGUUCCUUCCUCCUCUGGUCUCCGAUUACCUCGUUCCAUGAGCAAAUCUUCAUCAAAGAAAACUUGUGCGAUAUGUUUGACGGCGAUGAAAGCUGGUCAAGGCCACGCCAUCUUCACAGCGGAAUGCUCUCAUUCGUUUCAUUUCCAGUGCAUCACUACGAAUGUUAAACACGGGAACCAGAUUUGUCCUGUUUGUCGCGCGAAAUGGAACGAGAUCCCUCUUCAGAGCCCUAAUGCUAAGGGUAAAUCUGGUGUCAAACCGAUAGGUCGACCAAGGGAUGAUGCCUGGAUGUCAAUACCUCCACGGAGGUCGUCCCCUAUUCAGUAUACUUCACGGCCUGACUGUCUAAGGGUCUCCUCGAUCUUUAACACCGAGCCUGCGGUUUUUAAUGAUGAUCAAGCUCUGGAACAUCAAGACCGUUCUGCUGAAUCUGGUUUGGAUAAAUCUAAACCUGGUGUUACUGGGACAUUGGAAGUUAAAACAUACCCAGAGAUUUCGGAAGUAGUGAGAUCGGUUUCCUUUAAGGAUUUUGCUGUACUGAUCAAUCUAAAAGCUCCUACUGCUUCAAAGUCCCCUUCAAAUCCAUCGUCGUCUUCUCGGGCUCCUGUCGAUCUAGUUACGGUACUUGAUGUGAGCGGAAGCAUGGCGGGAACAAAACUGGCAUUGCUGAAACGAGCAAUGGGUUUUGUGAUUCAGAAUCUUGGCCCAUUUGACCGUCUCUCAGUUAUAUCCUUCUCCUCCACAGCACGCCGUAACUUCCCUCUCCGUCUCAUGACCGAGACUGGUAAACAAGAGGCGCUUCAGGCGGUUAAUUCGUUGGUCUCAAACGGAGGGACUAAUAUUGCAGAGGGAUUGAAGAAAGGCGCAAGAGUUUUGAUCGACCGUAGAUUCAAGAACCCGGUAUCUAGCAUCGUGCUCUUAUCCGAUGGUCAAGAUACAUAUACCAUGACUAGCCCCAACGGUUCCAGAGGGUCGGAUUACAAAGCCCUUCUUCCUAAAGAGAUCAACGGAAACCGGAUCCCAGUUCACGCAUUUGGGUUUGGUGCGGACCACGAUGCUUCCUUGAUGCAUUCCAUUGCAGAAAACUCCGGAGGUACAUUUUCUUUCAUAGAGUCUGAAACGGUUAUACAAGAUGCAUUCGCACAGUGCAUUGGAGGUCUUCUUAGCGUUGUGGUUCAAGAGCUAUGCGUUAAGAUCGAGUGCAUUCAUCAUCUGUUGAGGAUAGGAUCCGUUAAAGCUGGAAGCUACCGGUUUGAUAACGGUCCGAAUUCGAGAACCGGAUCUAUCGCAGUUGGUGAUCUCUAUGCUGAGGAAGAGAGGAAUUUCUUGGUGAAUCUUGAUAUCCCCAUCGUCGAAGGAGUUUCAGAUCUGAUGUCCUUAGUCAAGGUUCAAUGCGUUUACAAAGACCCGGUGUCGAAAGAGACUGUUAAUUUGAAUAAUUUCGGCGAAGUAAAGAUUCUCAGGCCAAUAGUGAUGACAGAACGAAGACCUGUAGUGUCAGUUGAAGUUGACAGACAGAGAAUCAGAUUACGUGCGGCAGAAGCAAUCUCUGAAGCUAGGGUUUUAGCCGAACGCGGUGAUUUGACAGAAGCUGUGUCGGUUCUCGAGACUUGCCGUGGGGUACUGACGGAGUCUGUGUCGGGUCGAGCCGGAGAUCCAUUGUGUAUCACACUGUGUGCAGAGUUAAAGGAGACGCAAGAGAGAAUGGCGAGCCGUCAAGUAUACGAGGCUUCGGGUAGGGCUUAUGUGCUCGCCGGUCUGAGCUCGCACUCGUGGCAGCGAGCAACGGCUAGAGGCGACAUGAGCGAUACAACCACGACUUCUUACCAGACGCAAUCAAUGGUGGAUAUGGUGAAUCUCUCACAGACCAUGACUUUCGGAAUGCCUAUCGCUAGUUCUAAUUCGAGUCCAUCGGGGCAGAGGAAACUCAGGCAAGCUCUAAGUUUUCCGGCGAGACCAAGGCCUAGGUGAUUGGUCGAAGGGCAUAAUGGGGAUUUGACGUAUGGAUAUUUUAAUUUUCCCUCGUCUUUUUUUUGUGAUUUCUUUCUUAGUACGAUUUGUUUUUUCAAUUGGGAGGGGUAGUUUAAGCUUAAUUUCUCAGUUUUGGGGGUAUAAGUAGUAUUAAUAGCUUCUGGUGGGGUUGAAACAAAAAAAAUGGGACAAU